AUGCCGUCGUACAAGAAUAUCGAUUCGUACCUGGAUCAGAUCCAAAAGGACAAGACUCCCGUCCUUGGAUUGUCGGUCGGAAAGCAUUCUGAUGUGACACCGGGCGUCAAAAUCCCUAAAGCUGGCAUGUCCUCUAUACUCUACCCAGUAUUCAACCCUCCCGAGCUACGUCUCCCCCAAUCUCUCGCCUCCUCAAACGACACCUACCUCAUGAUCGCAAUCGACAUCGACGCCCCUUUCCCCUCCUGGCGCGGUCUGGGCCCCAUCCUGCACUGGGUUCAACCAAAUCUAAAGCCGGACCCUGCCACCGGCGCGCUAUCAGCUCCAUCAGCAGACUCCUUUAUCGCAAACUACAUUGGUCCUGCGCCGCCACCACCCAGUUCACCGCAUCGGUACUGCUUCUUUUUGUACAAGCAGCCUGCGGGACUGGACGUGGACAAGUAUGUAGCCAAACGAGGGGGAAAGAAAGUCGGGAAUGGGGCGCGGAUGUGGUUUGAUUUGGAGAAGUAUGAGAAGGAGUUGGGGCUCACGGAGGGAAUUGUGGCGGGKAAUUUUUUUGUUAGUAAUUAA